AUGUUGGACAUGGAAUUCUUCAAGCACUACAAAGGGCACCUUCAGGUUUGCUUGGCCAAUGACAAGAACUUAUGCGGGAAUUUGGAAGUCUUCAAGCAGCUUCCAGAGAUGCUGCCAGGGUUCAAGGAAACAAAUGACCGAGAAGAGGAGUGCGAGACCAUAAUGUCAAAGUUCUGCAACAAGAUCUUUGGGGAGCCUUAUGAGUUUAUCAACGAGAAGACUAUGGAACUUUGUGGUGCUGCUUCCUUCUCCCGGGUAGGAGACGUAAACACUGUCGCGUACAGCGCCGUUGGCACAUACGUAGGACAAAUAGAUUCUGUUCUUGGCAAAUCAUUUGUGUCCUUCCUCAUUUUGCUACUCUUUAUAUGGUUCAUCCUCCUAAUCACCGAGUUCCGCUACAUUUGGAACUUCUUCCAAGUGAUUUGGAACCUGCCCUCCAAAGACAACUCCGACCCAGACUUUGCUUCGGCUGACGGCGGCAAGUUCACGGUAACGAAGCUGCCAUUGUGCCACAAGGUAUUUGCCCUCUUAGCCAUCGGUGUGCCAAGGCUAGUGAUCGCCUGUGUGGUGGCAUAUGUGGGCGCAAACUUCCUGGCAAUCACCAAUACUUUGCAGGACUUGGUGUUGAACUGCACCGCUUUGGGAUUCCUCCUCGAGGUUGACCAAAUGAUUCACACGGGGCUGUUGGGGCAGAGCAUUGAAAUCAUGAUGCAUCGCUUCGAGCCUAUGGAAGUGCCAUCCCCAACCCGUGGGGUCAUGCUGACCUACAGCUCCCUCGUGAUGUCCUUCCUAAUUACGGGUGCUUUCGUUGCUUAUACUUACUUGCGGCCGGAAGGAUUGCGCGACGUUGGCAUGGGCAUUGAGUGCCUGUGUCACUUGGAAGGUAGUUGCUAUGUCCAGCAGUUGCUGCCGCGUGUGCAUGGACAAUGA